AUGUUUUAUGUUAAGAAACCAGAGAUUGGGGACCUGAUCGAGGUCUCCAGGGGACUAUAUCAGCACUGGGCUGUGUAUGUCGGUGAUGGUCACGUCAUUCACCUUGCACCACCCACUGAACAGGCAAGUGACAACACCUUCAGCUUGAUGAUGUCUGUCACGUGUGACAAAGCCAAGGUGAAGAAGGAGGAACUGGAGAAGGUGGGAACAGAUGACUGGGUGGUCAACGAUACUCUGGACGAAAAAUAUGAUCCUCUUUCUCCCGAAGAGAUUAUUAAGAAAGCUGAAAGUAUGCUGGGCCAGCAACUGCCCUACAGCGUCAUCACGGAGAACUGUGAGCACUUUUCCAAAAAUCUGCGAUAUGACAAACCCGAGUCAAGCCAGGUGAGGGAUGCGGGGCAGGUGCGGCGGGCAGUGGGUAUCGCAGCACUGUUUGGUGCAGUAUGGGCUUUCUGUGGAGCUCUUCUCCUAGCCUUCAUUACACUGUUUGGAGGAGCCAAGAAGGAGAGGGAGAAGAAACGUUGA